AUGAGAAAAAACCUCACGGAUGUCGAACGGAACGCCGUGCUGCAGAGACUGCUCAUUCGAAUGCAACCCGGCGGCAAGCUGCCUCGAGGAGCCAUGGUGGAUGUGGCGCUGGAGUUCGACGUGGUGCGGAGUACUGUCCGGCGGAUCUGGAAGCGAGCGUGUGUGAACGUCCAUGGUGAUGUUCGCCCGUGUGCCGACGCUGUAGCGCUCCCUUUAUUCCCGGCCAGGAUCCCCAACGGCAACAAAGUCGCGAAUGUCGGUGCCCUUGGACACAUCAACCCGGCUGGAGGCGGCCCUCUGAACCCGUUUGGAAUGGCGUUCGAAGACGCCGAAAUGAUGUGGACGUUACAGCUAUGUCAAGCUGAUUCGGACACCGAUGGUGCCACCAACGGCGAAGAACUCGGCGAUCCUUGCUGCACAUGGACAGUUGGAGCCACCUUGACCACGACAACAGCCACCCACCCAGGCAAGGCGGACCCUUUCACCCCCGACCAACUCAGGUCGCUCAAGUGUGUUGUUGGUGGUUCUGGCAACGCAACCAGUGCUACCACCACCUUCAGUCCGUCAGGUACCGCAACCAAUGCUGCCACCACCUCCAGUCCGUCAGGUACUCGGGCCACCCCCUCGGCGACGACCAACACGCCCACUGCGAGCAGUGCUGCGGCAUUGUCCGGCGCCAUGUUGACUGGCGCUGCGGUUGCGAUGGCUAUGGUGACUCAACAAUAG